AUGAAUGACAUUCCUUUCAGAGUGGUAGAGUUAGAAAACCUUGUUUCCAAUCAUUCCAAAGAAGAAGCUUCAUCGAAUGCUCUUUUGAAAGACAAAGAGCUGCAAGUGAGCUCAUUAAUGAAGGAGUUGGAUGGCUUGAAAGAUAUUCUCUCUAAAAAAGACGAAGUUAUUUCACAACUUCACUCUUUAUUCUCAUUGAUAUAUGAAAGGGGGUUAGGAAAGAAGAUUGACUCGGAGCCGCAUGAUCGAGAUUCUCUGGAGAAGGCAAUGUCACAAAUCAUGCAGUCGAUCGCCUCGAAAGAAGAUGCGUACGAAAAACUUCAAAAUGAUAAUAAGGCUAUACAUAAGGAAAUUCUGCUCUGUCAAAAAGAACUGGAGGCAGAAAAAUCAAAAGUCACUGAUCUUGAAGAACUUCGCAUCAAGGAGAAGACGGGAGCAGAUGAGAAGAUAGCAACUCUAACACGGAAGCUUUCAUCGGAGGAGAAGGAACAUGCGGAGAAAAUGCAAGCACUGAGGGAUGAGUUGACUGCCGAAUGUGAAGCUCUAAAAGAUAAAAUCACUGCUAUGGAAGAAGCAGGUGAGAAGCAAGUCGAAGAUCGUCUUUUGUUGUUAGAGACUCGCUAUCAGCUUGAACUGUCUGAUCGCGAAAAGGUUUUUGAAAAGGAGAAAGAAGAUUGGAAUAGGAAAUCACGUGGUCUCGAGGUUGCACUAGCAGCAAAGGAUGAGGAAAAGGUCUGGUUUAUUUUCUUAGUUAUUUCUCGAGUCAUGUAUUAGUA